UUCUAACGUACGCCGAUGGCGUAAAAUGCACCAUGCUGACAGCUUGUAUAUAUGAGUAGAAUCGCAUCCGAUCGUUCUUCGAAUUCUAUUUGAAAAAUCUGAGUUUGAACAGAGAUCUCUCUUCUGUCUCUCUCAAACCCUAAGUUCCCUUCGAUUUUUCUGCGAUUUUGAUAGUUUUCCGUGCGAAAAUGACUGCAAAAGCAGUUCAGUUCUCCGACGCGCUCCUUGUUUCCGUAUGUUUCUUUCGCCGCAACGCAAAUCCAAGGCAGCAAAGAUGCUGCCGCUCGAAAAGAUCGUGAAAAUCCGCGUCUCUCGAGCUCGAAAACUCUAGAUCUGGUUGAAGAUUCCCGUACCAGAAGUUCAGUCCUUGUUCUAGUCUUUCAAUCCUAUUCGAAAUCGCCAAUCUGUCUCGGAGAAGGAUUCCGUUACAAAAGUCGUAGACUUAUACGCGAAAACAGCAUUCAUUUCGAAAUCUGAGGUCGAAUUCUGAAAAACUGCGAUUUUUAUUCCAGCCAGUCUAGUCCGAUUGUGUUGUAAGAUCUGCGGAAAUGCGAUGCCUUCGAAAUCUGAGGUGAAACUUUGUGUUUCUUCUUCGUAGUCCGCUUAAAUGAGCUGAUUUCAAAAUCGGAGCUCGAAUCUUCCAAAAAUCUGUGAUUUUUUUAUUUCGAAAAUCAUUUAUCGUCUUUGAAUUUAGUUGUAUUGAAGCUAAAUAAUCCUCGAGCUCUCUUAAUACAUUCCGAUUCGGAGUAGAAUCAGCUCCACUUCGUUCUUACAAAGCGUUAAUGUGUUAGAAUUCGGGAUUUUGUCAUUUUUCUAUAUGAAGGAAUUUGAACCAACACAGCGGAGAAAAUAUCCGAGGAUUUGCUUUUAUUUGCUUGAAUCUUACUCGGAAUUUUAUGGCCAGAUGCCCAGAUAAAGUACGUGGUGUAGGGAUUUCCAUAACUGCGGGUUCGGCUGUAUAGGAAGUUUUCGGAGAUUGCAAAAUCCAGAAGCUAGGUUUUCUGGUUGUUGAGGGAGAUAGAGGGAGAUGGAUCAUUUGCUGCUUCCUACUGUAGGACCGCCAAUAAAGAGGCGAGCUGGUUUGCGGAGGAAGCAGGCGGGGAGAGGAUCUUACAGAGGCAGCUAAGGGAUGGAAGUUGCGAGAAUCGGGGUUGUUCUGAAGUUUGACACUGGUGAGGGUGGGGCAGUUGAGAGUUUGUUAGAGUUCUAGGGUUCAAAUGGGGGAGGGGAUGGGGGAUCGCUUGCAGCAGAUUCUCAGAAGCCUCUGUUUCAAGACACAGUGGAAAUAUGCGGUGUUUUGGAAGCUCAAACACAGGGCUCGCAUGAUGUUGACUUGGGAAGACGCUUAUUAUGAUAAUCAUGAAGAACCUAAUCCUUCUAACAGCACUGUCGCAAGCAUUCUCUCUUCCGAAACCCAUGACAGCCAUCGUAUGGGAGACCCACUUGGAUUAGCUGUGGCAAAGAUGUCGUACCUUGUGUAUUCUCUUGGGGAAGGGAUCAUCGGGCAAGUGGCAUUUACUGGAAAACAUCGGUGGAUUUUUGCAGACGAACCUGCAUCUAAUUACUGGUCAUCAUCUGAGUAUGCAGAUGGAUUGCAGGCUCAGUUCUCAGCUGGGAUCAAGACAAUUGCUGUUGUAGCUGUUGUUCCAUAUGGUGUUGUUCAACUUGGAUCCUUAAAUUCGGUUGUUGAGGAUUUGAAGCUAGUGAGUCAUAUCAAACAUGUAUUUGGUUUGCUUCAUAAUUCCUUGGCAUCAUUUAGUUCCAUUUCCGUACAACAUACUCAGAAGAACAUCCUUAAUAUGUCAGCAGAUUUCAAUGAUUGCCUACACAAACUUGAUCUAGUAAGCAACAAAAGCCGUGUUCUUCAGCCUUACUCAUUGCCUUCACUUGGAAAUUAUGACAACCUCUCGCAAUCUGUUCUUCAGAUGCGUGGCUUCCACCAACGAAAUGCAGCCCAAGUUGCUGAUGAACGUUUGGCAGUUGAUUUACCAGCGGUUAGAGCAAAUGGGAGUGUUGAGUCACUCAGAUUGAGAUCUGGUAACGUCACUUCAGAGUUUCAGAAACAGGAACAGUUGAAAGUAUUCAAUAAUAAGAAGUCUGGAGAGAUGAAUACCAGUGGUGGCAUGGAAAUAGGUUUAGGCACGGAGGGUAAAUUUGGGUUAUCCUCGUGCAACGUUUAUUCAGAGAAUGCACUUUUAAAUAAUUUUGGGCUACCGGUUGACACAUGUACAGUUGACCAUCCUUGCUUGCCAUCUGUCCCCGACUUUGCAAAUCGUGAGAGGAUUAAUUUAGAUGGAAUUGGUUUUCUUCAGGAUGAGGCACUGCAAGUACCUCAAUCAUUGGAAAUGCAGCUAGGAUAUGAAUCAGAAAAGAAAUCAAUGAUUCCAAUGACAGAAAGUAGCAAUGACCUUGCAAAAGCUCCCUUAAUGUUCUCUGCUGGCUGCGAGCUACAUGAAGCCCUUGGGUCAGCUUUCAAGAAAGAGGAAGAUGCUGGUAUUUGGAGUGAAGCAGGAGAGACAGAGGUUGAAGACCUUGUUAAAGCCCCAGAUGAGGCAGUCAGUAGCUUGUUUAGUGGGUCAGAACAUCUUCUUGAAGCAGUGGUAGCCAAUGCUUGCGCUGGUGCUAGCAACAUAACAAGUGAAAACUCGUUGUGUAAAUCUGGAUGGUCAUCACUGUUGACAACCGAAAAUUCACUUCAGACACCAGACCAUAUUAAGCAUGGGGGCAGUUCAGCAGGUGGUCAAGCACAGACAUCAUCUUUCUUGGCUGAAGAUGGUACACAUCAAAGCAUGGGUUCUGUUGGGCGUUGUGCAGAAUCUUUUGUUUUGAAGUCUCCAAAAGAGACAUCAUCAAUGACUCCAAGUGCUUGUAGCGGGCUAUCCGAGAGGCAGACGGAGCCAUCAAAAGUUAACAGAAAGAGGGCUAGACCUGGUGAAAGUUGUAGACCACGGCCCAGGGACAGACAGCUGAUCCAAGAUCGCGUCAAGGAACUACGAGAGAUUGUGCCCAAUGGGUCCAAGUGCAGCAUUGAUGCAUUAUUGGAGCGCACAAUCAAGCACAUGAUCUUUCUACAAAGUGUUACUAGCCAUGCUGACAAGUUAAAGAGAUGUGCAGAAUCAAAGAUUCUUAAUCUUCAGCUUUGUGGCAACGGAAGUCAUUUAGUAAGGACCUGCAGUCAAGACCGUGGUGCAAGCUGGGCUCUAGAGGUGGGAAGCCAGUUCAAAGCUUCCCCUAUAGUAGUGGAAAAUCUAAACAUGAAUGGGCAGAUGCUAGUUGAGAUGUUGUGCGAGGAUUGCAGCCUUUUUCUUGAGAUAGCUGAGGUAAUUAGAGGCUUGGGUUUUACCAUCUUAAAAGGUGUAACAGAAUCCCGUGAGGAGAAGACAUGGGCAUGCUUUGUUGUUGAGGGAAGGGGAAAUGAUGGCUUGCAGAGGAUGGAUAUAUUGUGGUCACUCAUGCAGUUACAACAAUCAAAGACGAGCAUCUGAUGGGGCUCCUGGUGGCUACAAGCAUGUGCCCUCUAUUAAAUGCUCUGAGUCGGCUUAUUAGUCCUGACCGUGAUUGGCGUUUCAGGCUCAUGCAUGGCUCCUCCCUCGGUUGUAGAUGUUUCAUUUUUCUUUUGCUCCAUUGUGGGCCUUUAUUCGAAUGUUUGGGUAUGAUUUUUUGUUAGUGUGAUGAUGAUUUGGCAGAUGUCCUCUUCAUUGUUUGAGAAGAAGCUUUGAAAUGUUGGGUGUUCUUUUCUAUUAGGGUUUUGGCAUAUAGCCUCCUGAAGGGGGGAGGCGUUUGUUAUAAAUUAAAAAAUAAUACUACUACUAAUCUAUGCUUUUUGGUUCUUAAGUCACCACCACCUCGUCGCUCAAAAGCCAUGCUUGAAGAAUUGAAAACACUACUCACACAUCUCAGUCAAGUCGGUUGACUCAACAAAACUCGAUGGCACACAACCUAACUUACGAAGACUCUAUUUAUGAACAUCGAAUAUUAAAUCUUAUGGAGUCUAGUGAAAUCAGCUUUCCAAA